AUGUCUGAGGUCAGCGAUAAGCUGCAGGAAGGCGAGGCAGGUGUACGCGGUGAGCAGCCAUUUCCUGACCAGGUGAGGAGCACUGAAGCCACCAGGCCUGACCUGCAUGGUCUGCUGACCACCAGCCACUCAUCCUCAGCAGAUAUCAGCCCCUCACCUUCAGCUGAGUCCAGUGGCUUGUUGUCCUUACCAUGGGAGAUAUUAACCCACAUUGUCUCAUAUCUUCCUGUUCACUUUGUAGUCAACGUGCUGCCAAAGGUCUGCCAUGCGCUGAGUAACGUGGGGCAGGACAGAACCUCCUGGCAGCUCCGAGCACAGAGGUUGGUGGGAUUGAGAGCUGCUUUUCCAGUGGGGCCAAGGGAGGACUUUGACUGGCCUGGUGCCUGCCUGCAGAUGGAACAGCUCAUAACCUGCUGGUCAGGUGAAGUUGAGCAUGUAGCCAGACAAAACCAGGAGGAUGAGGAGAGAAGGGAGCAAGCGAUGCCUCAGGAUGGGGAGCCUGGUGUGGGAGGCCAGGAUGAUGGUGGAGAGGGUCAGGUAGUGGCAGUGGCAGUGCAGGAGGUUGCUUAUGGUGCGGAUGAGGCAAUGGAGGUGGCAGUGGAAGGUGAAGAGGGUGAAAUGCAGCACGUCUUAGGUGGGGACCAAGUAGCGAGAUUGAGAGAAGAGCUUGAAGACAGACUAGAGGGUGAUGCUGCAGCACUAAUGGAAGAAGAAAUGGACCACAGAAGGGUUUUUAUUGCCAACGAGGGCCGAGACGCAGUUCUUAAUCACCAAGAAGACUUGCCAGACCACAGGAAUCUGGGUAAUGGGCAACAUGUAGAGGCAAGAAGUCCAAGCCCACCACCAGCGCUGGAAUGCAUUACCCUGCCUACAGGCCACAUUGCCCAUGUAAACUCGGUCCUCCUUCUUGGGGGAGAGGGGAAGGUCUGUGCCACAGCUUCCAGAGACUGGAACGUAAAGCUCUGGGAUCUGGAGCUGGGAUCACUGCUGCAAACGAUGGGACGGCAGGGUGAUUUUAGCAGCCAUCGAGGCUGGGUCUGGUGCCUGGCAUCUCAAGGACCUCUGCUGGCCUCAGGGGGCUUUGACAGCACUGUGAGGCUGUGGGACCUGCAGGCAGGAGGUGCAGAUAGGGCCCUCAUCAGGACCGGGGCUGCUGUUCUCUGCUUGUCCUGUCAGCCCGACAUGUUGCUGGCUGGUACAUUUGACAAGCGGGUCAGCAUGUAUGACACCAGAGCUGCUGCACCACUGGUGAAAAGCAUCCGUAUGCACAGUAACGCCGUAAUGUGCCUCUGUGCAGAUGACAAAUACAUCAUCUCAGGGAGCAAAGACUGCACUGUGGCUGUCUAUGACCGCAGAGCGGGCAAAGGCUUGAAGAGACUUCGGCUGAGCUCCUACCUGCUGUCCAUGAGCUACAGUGGCUGUGAGGUAUGGGCAGGAGACAACGGCGGCAUGCUCCACUCCUUUUCCAUGCAGGCGGGGACCUUAAAGCCUGUCUCUCAGUUUGAUGUGGGGCACACAGCUCUGAUCACCGGCAUCCACAGAUCCCCCGGUAGCCUCUACACCUGUUCAUCUGAUUGCACCGUCAAGGUUCAUAUACCAUGCGCGCCUCCGAGGACGUUAAGCACCCUGCACUAUCAAACUGGAGUCCAUGGGCUGAGCGUGGAGGCCGGAGUCCUCGCUAUAGCGUCCGGUGACGUCAGGGUGCAAGUGUGGAGGCCUCGAAAAUGAAGUGGAAGCAACUACAUGGUAACAAUGAAAACAGGAACCCU